AUGAGUGCAGCACACCGUGGAGGGCGGUGGCAUCGGGCUGUGGGCUUCUUCCGCCAACUCCGCGUGAGCUCUUUGCGUCCAGAUCUUCCUGCUCUGACGGCUGCCAUAGGCGCCACGGCUGCGGGAUUGCUCUGGAAGUCCGCCAUCGACGUCCUUCAGAUUGCUGCACGUCAUCAGCUGGAGCUGGGAACAACUCAGCUGAACUCUGGCCUCACGGCACUGGCGAGAGGUCGCCAGUGGCAGCUGUCCCUCUGUGCUUGCAGCAAGGAAGCUUCCAGUGAUGGAUUUUCCUACAAUGCGGCCAUGGCUGCUGCGGAUCGAGGCGCUUGGCCAGUGUCGCUGGCCUACUUUGCCCAGGUUCAG